CGCAACCAAAUGGGAAUUCGCACACCGGCAAACCAGUCCCUAUCACAGUCAAUCAAAUGGGAAGGCAGAGUCGGCAGUGAAGCAAGCCAAGCGACUAUUAGCGAAGGCUAGAGACACUCGGGAGGACCCAUACCUCAUGCUACUGGAGAGUCGCAACACUCCUUCAACGGAUAUCGGCCUGAGCCCAGUGCAGCGCCUAUACAGUCGAAGGACCAGAACUGUGAUGCCUGCAUCCGCAACACUUCUGCGCCCUGUCACGCCACAACUUGAGAAAGUACAGAACAGUUUGAAAAGGCGAAUGGCUACUCAGAAACGGUACUACGACAACGGCGCACGGGAAUUACCUGAGCUGACAGUGGGGGAAGAAGUAUGGGUUGAACCAAUUCCCGAUGGACAGGAGCGGUGGAGAAAAGGAGUCGUGGCUGCGAAAGUCGGUGAAAGGUCAUACGAAGUAAAUGUUGGAGGGAAGAAGCUGAGAAGAAACCGAGUGCAGCUGAGGAGAUGUCCGAGGCGACAGCAUGAAUCAGGGAGAGAGCGUUAUACUGCGUGCGGCAAUGAGGCGACAUCGGCAGAUCCAACAAAGAGGACGCGGAGUGGUAAAGUGUAUGGACUAUUUAGCAAAGUACAGCAGCAAGAACAUGAAAAAAGGGAGGAUGUGAUGGGAGUAUACACUCGAACGAACGUGCGGUGCCAGCCCAGCAAGGAAGCCGUUAGGCUGCCGCAAGGAAAGGCGGCAGUCGAUUGGACGUUCACACGUUUCUCGCAUGCACGCUGAUUGGCCAACAGUGGACGCAUUGGAGUGAGUUUGUUUGACUGAAUCAAAGGAAAAAUGUCAUGCAUUCACAAAGGUCGUUAAUUAUGGAUCCAACUAGCUGUAUAUACCGAUAUGUUUCACUCGCC